GAAUUAAUUACUUUUGAUUAGUAUUAACUGGUGACUACCUCCCUGAACAACAUAUGGAAGGCUUGUCGCAUGCCACCUAGAGCAACUGAGGUGGAUACUUGUGGAAUAAACAAACCAGAAAGAAAUGUUACUCCAACUGCAAAGUGUGACACCGAAACAAAAAAUAAAGCAAAUUUAACAAAAGCGUUCACAUGGAGCUAUACAAGGACAGAAACAUUUGAUGAAAAUGAGUGCUAUGUUUAUAGUGUCAUCUCAUGGACCAAGACUUGCCUCGAAUACUGGCUGGCAAUUUUGUCGUUCUGGUUUGAUUUGCCAUCAAGGGAAAAACAUAGCAGGGGAGACAACUCUACAAAAACAGUGUUAUUGCUCACUUAUCAAAAAUCAUGAUUGUGAUGAGCUGCUUCUGAAGAGAAGAAUAAGGUUUACUAAGAGUAAAGAUGGAUUUGUAGAGCACUCUAGACUAUUCACUUCCAGUGUACCAAACCUUUAUCAGAACAUUAACAAAACACGUGGAUUUCUCUCCAGAAAGAACUGUCCUUCAGCUGUUUGUACUCCGGUACGACAGAUGGGUAUCUUGUCUGAUCCAGAAAAUAAGGGUAAAAAACAAGUUGGAAUAAACUUUGACACAAUUGGCAGUUGGAAUAAUCGAAUUAAUAUGCCAAUUCUGAUGAAAGAAAGUAUACAAACAGGGAAACUUAUUCCUCAAAUUCCUUUGGAAAAGAUUGGAACAGCAUCACUUCUGGGUCGUCGAAACAGGAAUGAAGACAGAUACACCAUCAAGAAAUUGUCUGCAGAAUAUUUGUAUUUUGGGAUAUUUGAUGGACAUAACGGGGACUUUGCAUCGGCGUUCCUAGAAAGUCAUAUGAGUGACAGCUUGUCGUUCUGGUUGUCGAGGGAACCAGAUGAAAGUGUAGUUCUACGACAAUCGUUUAUCGAUCUCAACAACAUUCUUGCCAGACAUUUGUCAACCUACUGCUUAGAUGAUGAGCAGUUCAGUUCAGGAAGUACAGCUACAGUGUGUCUGUUACAACAUAGCACAGAACUUACAAUAGGUCAUGUUGGAGACACACGAGCUCUUCUUUGUCGGGGAGGUAAAGCUAUUGCCCUCACUCAAGAUCAUAACCCUGAUAAUAUGGAAGAGAAAAGACGGAUUGAGUCCUGUGGGGCAGCCAUUACACCAAAUAGUCUUGGGACACCGAAAGUGAAUGGAAAGCUGAGUAUGACACGGUGUAUUGGUAAUCUCCCCUUGAAGAAAUAUGGUGUCACAGAACACCCAGAAAUACAAAUCAAAAAGCUUGACCACGGCCGUGAUGCCUUUCUGGCCCUGGUCAGUGAUGGGGUCAGUUUUGUCUUGAGUGACCAAGAGGUUGUGGACAUUACUUGUAGCUGUAGUGACCCUAAGGAAGCAGCCAGCCGUAUAACUGAUCAAGCACUGCAAUUUGGAUCGGAGGACAACACAACCUGUGUGAUCAUCCCCCUUGGUGCUUGGGGUAAAUACAGCACAGAUACUGGGACGAUACAAUACAGUUUUGGUAGAACAUUUGUACCUAUUCGUGAUUCCUGAUAUGAAGAGUUAUUUCCCUUUUAAAAGAGUUUAUCAAAAAGGGAAUCAGAUAUUCUCUGUUGGUGCUCACAAGACUUUAAGUAUUGGUAGAGAAGAUAGAUGCUGUACAACUUAAAGAAAUGGUUUCCAUUUUUAAAACAAAUACCAUUUUAAGUGUUAAUUUCAGUCAGUUGAAAAUGUAUAAUUAUCUCCCUUUGAAAUAAAAACCUUCCAUUAAUUAAUGUUUGGGACAGAAAAGCAUUCUGACCUGACCAUAGAGUAAAGCCUGUGAUAGUUUUGAGUGAAUAAAGAUUUGACUGUU